AUGGCACAAGUAAGGAAAAGAGCUAGAAGGACGUUGGUCUGCAUGAACUGCCGUCGGAACAAAAGCAAAUGCGACAGAAACCAUCCAUGUUCUCGGUGUAUCAAAAGUGGCUUACAAGCCUCAUGCGUUUACGAAGAUUCUCCGCCUUUCAUCAGAGACUCUCCUCCAAACGACUCGGGAGCCUUGUCUUCUGAUGGCAGGGACACCUUGACGGUCGACAAAAGCAUACUCGAGAGUCUUUUGAAGAGAGUCGAGUCGGUCGAAUCAAAUUUGAGAGCGCUGCCUGUCACGAGCUACAGAAGAAGUAGUCUUCUCCUGCUGCCGCAGGCGGGGUUUUCCAGCGAUAAAAGUUUGGUUUUCAAUUUGCGGAGGGCCCUUAAUACGAAUGCAUUGGGAGAAUUCAAAUCAAACAGAUGGAGAGGAAUGUUGUGGCAGUUUGUCAUGGUUUAUGGAGAUCCCUCCUUCAACAUAAUGCGAGACUUUUCAGCCCAUUCGGAUCCGCUACAUUUCUCCUUUUUUUCCAUCUACGAAGACGAUUUAACCUUGCUGGAAAUCCCACUUGACCAGCUCGAUGACUUGUCUCAAAAAUACUUUGGCCGGUUUCACAUCAGAAGACUCCUGCCUAACCCAAUGCCAAGUGACAUCACCGACUUGAUGCAUCAGAUUUCUAUCCAAAAAAUUAAUCCCGGAGUAUGCUACAAUCCGACCCUGACUUGGAGAAAUCAUACUCUACUUGAUCAAAUUAGGGAACUAAUGCCUCCAUAUUUGCACACAAGAGAAAUCGUCCGACUCUUCUUCAAGUUGCAAUUGCCAGGUUACCAGUUCUGUGUACCAAAUAUCAUCUAUUCCUCCUUGGAACGUAUUUUUAAUAUUGACAACGACCUCCUUCGCGACAAGGUCACGAUAACUUCCUCAUCGGAUGUGGCUGUUAUAGCAUGUGUGUUUCUAAUGAUUCGCAUCACCACUUACUCGUUAACAAAUCCAUAUAACGGCGUUUCGAUACCUAAUCUGAGCGCGCCCAACCUCGGCUUUUUAGGGACAAUUAGAAGUACGAUUGAUUUGGUUGAACUCGCAGAAAAACUUGUUCAUGAGCUCGAGCCAAAAGUGGAUGUGAACUUUCAGGUAUUUCAAGCAGUUUCGCUUUUGUUUGUCUACCGUCUAAUAUGUCCUGAAGGUGAUCAAUUCAGGGAAUCUGGUGAUGUAGGUGCAUAUUUUUCCGAAAUUGUUUACUUGUCUAAAGCUCUCGGUUUCAAUGAAGUCCAAGUUUGUUGCCAGGAAGCAAACAAUAUCAAGGAGUCUGAAAAUGUUCCCGACUAUUAUAAACAGCGAACGUGGAUGUUAUUGCUCGUGUUAGACUGUUUCUUGGCUUGUUUUUUUGGUACCAACUUAGCAAUUCGUCAUGAUGAGUGUGAUUUUUCUGUUAUUCUCCAAAACGGUACCUAUUGGAGCGAACAGGACGAUAUAUCCCAAGUGCUUUUCAAGAUGAUGCCUCUUUGCAAACUUGCGCAUGAAAUAUGUGAAAAGGUGUUUCAGCUCAGUUCUCUAUGUCCUGUUUCUGAACUCAUUGAGGAUUUGAAUAAUCUUGAGACGCUCAUUUUUGAUACCUUUGGCGGGAUAACCCGAUUCUUUGAGAAAACAAGCUCGUUAAGCUUUCGUCGCAGAGCCACUUACAUGAAUCUUGCUGUGCUUUUCCUUUGCUUCUACCUGUGUCUCUGUUAUUCCCUAUACGUUUAUUUUGAGACCAACGGCAAUUUUGACUUAAGCUCCUUUUACAGUCGAAAGUUCUUAACGACCGUAUUUGGUACCUUGGGCUUCAUUCAGAAAGGUUUGUUGAUCACUUGUGAGACUUUUUUUGGGUAUGCUUCAUGGCCAUAUUUUUCACCAAUCGUGUUAAUAUGUAAUAAGUUGCACCUUUUGGCGAUUCUGGUGAGAAUAAGGUUCGCAUCUACAUUGCGAGACCACGAUUCGAAAUACGACAAUAAUGCCAAAAAGUCCAUAAAGGUGAUUCUUUCAAAGCUUCUGGGCUACGAAGAACAGAGUGUUGGGUUCGCAGCCUAUUUCGGACAGUAUCAGAACAAUGCAUGGUGGAAUUUCAAAAGUUUCCGAUUUGGUCAACACGUUAUAACUAAGUUGGAGAGUUCCGAACAAUAUUUGGCGUUGUGUUCUAAAGCACGGGUGCGAUUUUCCCUGGAAGAAAUCCAGCGCUGGGAAGAAGAUUUACACGAAAUAGAUAAGCAGGCCGAGUUUUACCGUUCUGUCUUUCAGGCGGAGAAAACCAACAUCGCAUUACCCCAUUUCUCCGUUCUUGACAUUUUUCAUAUGGACAACUACUGGUAUGGAGUCAACUGUGUGAGAUUGUAUUUCAAGGAUGCAAAGUUCAACUCGAUGUUUACCGAAUCGCAGCCCGCAGGCGAAAAGCCGUCUCAAUUCUACUACGAGUCGGACGUCUUUGGAGAGUUUCCUUUUGUUUAA